AUGAAAAAAAAAAAUAUCCCCGCGGCCACUAGCUACGGCAAGGUGAAAAGCCGUGUGAACCGUUAUGAUAUGAAUGGUUCCUACAAUUUUACUGAGUCCAAGAAUGGUGGAAAAGUGCCAGGAGGAGGUACUCCGGCGGAUGGGAAGAAGAGUCGGGCGGAGGCGCCCCCCGCCGGUAAGGUCGCCAAUAGCGCAACGAAUAGCACCGUGGUGAGUGGCCCCCAGAAUAGUGGCGGAGGAAACCCCCACCAUGCGCAGGCGGCAAAAUAUGUCAAGAACGCCUAUCCGUAUGAUUAUAACGCGUACGGCCCGAAGAAAGUUGGAGAGUACAAGGAAAAAAUGAAAGGUACCAUGGAGGGUGCGGGUCACGGGGAGGAUAGUGGUGCACAUGGUGACGGGAGGAGUAAUCAGGCUUUCACGAACAAUGCCGGUGGUACAAAAGGGAAUGGGGAUAACACCAUUGGGUUGAACCCUAGUGGAGCCAAUUUGAGUCACGCAAAUGGAGGUAGAAGCCAAAACACAGGACGGAAAGGAAAUAAGGAGGAAAAACUAAACGAAGAAGUUAGUAUGUUGAGAGAAAAAAUAUGUUUUAAAAUGCUCAAAAGUAUAGAUAUAUAUAUCACAGAAAUAAUCAUGAAAUCCUCAUUUGUGACAGUGUACAAAAUGAAGGAAGAUGAACUAAAAUGGGUUCGAGCGGACAUUGAAGGUUUCCUUUAUAUUGUUAGGAGGUCCAUAAAACCAACGUACCGACUUAUAAUUACAAACAAAAAAAACGAAAAUCAUUUAGUACAAGACAUUCACGGACGUAUCAACUUGUCCACAGAUCAGAAUUAUAUUUUUUAUCGAAUACAUAAUGAAGAGAGUAAUUUGAAAAGUACCUACAGCUUGUGGUUUUAUAGCACCGAGGAAAAGGAGAAGAUAUAUAAUAUGCUGAAAGAGUUAGUGGACAGGGGGGAGGAUGCUCCUUUCGUCAGUGGUACCGCUAAUCAGGGAAACUCGGACAUUAGCGGUCCUGCGAUUGGCGCCAAUGUCGGCUACGUAAACAGUAAAAAUAUUAACUUUAUACUGUCCAAAGGGGAAAAUGGCGUUAACGAGGGAACUGCGAUAGGAGGAAUUAUGGGGGCGAAGCCGAAUGAUUCUUCGUCCAAGAAUAUGCUAAUGAAUGGACACGAAGAGGAACUUCCCAAAGGAGGGAUGAACCACGCAGGGGUGGUCAGCGGUGGGGAUAACAACGUACAGAGAAAGGCAAAUGCUAAGAACGUCAUCCCCAUGAUGGCACCAGAAAAUGGCAGGGAUAACGAUUAUGAGAAGAAUUUUGAAUUAAUGGGGAAUAGUAAGCUAGAGAACUUAUAUGGAAAGAUGAAUUUGCCCGCGGGUGAGGGUGGACAUAUACCCCCAGGAGCUGCCAACGCCAUUUAUGGGAAUUAUUUGAAGCACUUAUAUAAGUCUAGUGGGGGUGGAAGCGGAGGCGUGAAUGGGAUGGAGGCCAUUGGACAGAAAAACAAAAUGAAGGAUGCGCCUGGGGAGGAAGGCCUCGGUGGAUGCGAUUCGAAUGUGAAAGGGGUGGCGCAACAAAACAACGUCGACUUUAAUGACAAGGUUGGAAGGAAAUUGCUCUAUCUCAUUAAGGGGCUACCCAUGGAAGGGGAAACGGGCGUCGAAAAGGGAAAGGAUAAUAUGAAAAAGUUACCAGGGAACGAUUUUUACGAGGGUAGAAAGAGCGAAGAUAUGCCAAGGGGUAGUGUAGGUGGAACGAACAACCCUGUUGUGGAACCCAAGGGAGGUGGUGGUGGUGCCGUCCACCCGAAUGACAAGGGCAGCGCCAUUUCCGGGGGAGAAGCCAUCAUGAAUCUACUGGGGUUGAGCAAGAACGGCGACGUGAAGGAGGACGAGGUGGAGGAUAAGAAGAAGAAAAAGAAGAAGAAGGGCGCAAGUGGGGAAGUACCCGCUGGCGGAUGUGCAAAUGGAAAUGCAGUUACGAAUGCGAAUGCGAAUGGUAGUAUCAGCGCCGUUGCUAGUGGUGAUAGCGCAGGAAUGACCCAGAUUAGUAACGCGCUUGGCGACAAAGAGUUCGAGGCCAAUAUGCAAAAGAGAGGGCUGCAGCUUAGGGAAAUGCAGAUGAGGGAGUUACAAUUUAGGGAGAUGCAACUCAGGGAAAUGCAGCUCAGGGGAAUGCAGAUGAAUGGGAUGGUCAUGAAUGGAGUGCCAAUUAACGGCAUGCAGAUGAAUCACCCCCAAGGGAACGACCUGCAGAUGCUCCCCCUUUCCGCGGAAGAGAUAAACGGGAAGGCCAUGAAGUACGCAAAAGGAAAAUCAGACUCUAGUGAAGAACGCGUAACCAACAACCACCCAGUGGAGAAAGCCUACCUGGGUAGACCGUCAUUUCAGAACAACUCCAUCGAAAGUCUGCACAGCAAAGAAGUCGAAGUGAGUAAUGGAACUAUGGACGAUGAGAAAAAUAUGACCAACGCUUUGCUUGAUAUUAUUAAGCAAAAAGCAGACAGAACGAAUCACGUCCUGGGGGGUGACGGUGUAAAUUACCACGGGGUUCAUGAUAGCAUUAACGAGUUCAACACAGAUUCGUAUGACAUGCUGUUGAAGAUGCAAAGAGCUGGUGGAAGUGGAGAGAGGAGGGAGAAGAGUGACCAUCGAGUGACCAACCGGAUGGGCAGUCAUGUUGGGAGCCAUGUUGGAAGCCACCUCGAUAAGCGCAGCCACAACAACCCAUUUGAUGAGGGCGAAAUGCCAAGGAUGAAUAACCACCCUGGGUACAGCCCCCACGAUAAGCAGCUGCUCAAGUAUGAAGACGAAAGAACGGACAGCUACAGUGGCAUGGAGGACUACAAAAACAGGAGCAUCCUUCUGAGUAGGAACACCAUCCAUAACGUCAUCAAGGAGACUUUGCAGUCUGACGAGUUUGUUAAUUUGUUGUGGAAAAAGUUGGUAACCAGCAAAAAUAUUAUGUAA